GAUAAACAAGACCAAAUAGUAGGUUACAUUCGCAAUGUAUCGCCCAUACAAGAGGGUAACUUCUUUGACUUCCAACUUCAAUCAAAAGACAAAUACAUGCGAGAAGUUUGUUUUGCCCACGGAAAAAGGAAAAGUCAGUAGAAGGUAACCCUGUCAACUGUCUGUCAGAAUAAAAAGAUUCAAGGUAGACCAGAGAAGUAAUACUGAAGAUUUGCUGAUGAGCAGUAACUUUUAA